AUGGACGCGACCGGCCCUGCCACACCCAUUGCGGCAGUGGCUUGCAUGCAUUGCCGCCGAUUGAAGAUGAAAUGCAUCGGCUCGGACAAGCCACCAUGCGCUCGCUGUGCGAAGGCCGGUCGGGAGUGUAUUGUCCAGAAACCGGACCGCACACAAUCCUUGGGCAACAUUUCAAAUGGCUUCCAUCAAGAAGUCCCUCGUCCGGCCCGUGGUGAUUUUAUGGACAGGAGGCCUUCACGAGGAGAAGGAGGUACGAUCCCAGAGAAUAGCGACACAAAUAACCCUAUAGUUUGGCGUAAAGAUGGAUUUGGAGCUGCUAUUGCUCGGAAUUUCUUUCCAAUCAAUGAAUUGACACGCGCAAACAAAGAGCCCGCUUUACCUUCAAUAUACAAUACCACACCCUAUGCCACUGUAUUCAGCGCAUCUGAGAAUAUCCAAGAUGACGAUAGUGGACAACCCAAUUCGAAACGAAGGAGAAUCGAGGCGACUUUGCAGACACCUAGGCACCAAAACACCCAGGACCUGCAUAUGUCCCCAUAUGAUACAUCAGUUCCAGAGAGAGAUAUGAUGCAACUCAUUCAUAUAUUCCGAAACCGAAUGUUGGUUUUCAUACCACUUCUCCAGGAAAGCGACUUGGAAGAUAUAUCCCACGUGAUUUCCCAGAAAAGGACACUGGCCUUGUGUAUCUGCUAUGUCACGACUAGAUAUGUCCCCGGGGGCGAGCGUACGAGAACACAACUUAUCCCAGCAAUUUCCGAUAUCCUGCAAGACCGUAAUGUUCGACCCCAGACCGAUGGAGAAAAGUGGACGAUGUUGCAGGCUCUUUCGGUGCUCUAUGCAUAUCGACCAACGAUUCAAGAAAACACAACACGACAUGAUCAAGCAGAUAUCUCUCACCGGUCUAUCAAGUCAUUUACAGAGAGUUACGCCCUGCAUUUAUCUGUUCAUCGAUCAAUAAUAGGUCUGAAAGCUUCAAUCCGAUCCAAUGAACCGAACAUCAAUUCGACUCAAAACUUUAAAUAUUACAUCUAUUGGUUGUGGCUUUUCAAUAUGUCCAAUCACUUUUCCGUUGUAACUGGAACUCCUCCGAGUAUUAGAAUAGACGCAACAAUACGCGCCGCCCCACAAAUACUCGAUAAUAUUGAUGUUGGCCAUGGCCCACGACAAAUUCUAUCGGAGGCUGAAUUGUGUAUUCAUUGGGACAAGAUCAGUGCACACUCCCCAGCGCUUGCCGAAUGGUGGUGUCCUCCAGACACCGCAGAUGAAGCAUCUGCCAUUCAUCCAGAAAUCUUGACAAAUGUCGCCAAAGCUUCCGACGAAGCUCUCACAAGCUGGAGCAGAAAAUGGGGCCCUGCCAUUCCGACAGAACCUUUAGGUCAAGCUAUGGAUUUUCAUUUCCGAUUCACGAAAUUCUGCCUCAGCACCUACAUGAUCCGAAAUCUCAGCAUUGGUCGCAACCUCACCACCGACCAGCAGGUCAGGAUCAAAAACAGCGUCCAAGCAGCACAUUAUUUCUGCGAGCAUCUCCUAGACCUGGGACCAGUAUAUCGUGAUGCAGCUCGAUACAUGGGUGACUUCGGUUUUGUCAUGGUCUCAUUCUCCUGCCUCUUCAUCAUAGAGGCUUGCAAGAACUAUCGCUCCCUUCUCCAAGAUGAACACCGCAUGCUUGGAACUGUUGAAGAAGUUGCUCUGCUCAUGAAACAGCUUGCAAUCAGUCCUAGCUCAACCCAUGGCCCUGGCCUGCAAGCAAGCAUCGUCUUAUACCGACUACACGAGCUCGACAAGCACGAUGAAACUGAAGCUGCUUUAGAGGAAGCCCCUGGUGCACAAUACUCGUUCACGUCUGCUGAUGCGGAAGGGUUCAUGAUGGAUCCCAUUUGGGAUUUGUUGAAUUUCUUCCCAGAGAUCAAGGGAACAUAG